AUGACCAACUGCACCAACAACAAAAUAGAAACUUAUACAGACGGGUCAUGUAUCAAAAAGAAAAUCCCAGGGAAUUUAAUAGGACAAUAUAAAAAAACAGUAGCAAUGGGAUAUGGUAUAGUAAUAAAAAUAGAAGAACAAGAUAAAAAAGAAGAGUUAACUUUCAAAGGAAUAACACAAGGACCACUAUCAUCAACUAGAGCUGAAUUAAUGGCGAUAGCAGUUUUAUUAGAUAUAUCUCCAAGAAAUAAAACAAUAAAAAUAUACACAGACUCAAGUGCAGCAAUUGCGGCAAUAAAUGGAUAUAUAGAUUUGAGAAAAAGGAAAAAAAGAAAAUCGUAUAAAAACCCAUAUAUACUACAAACAAUAGAAGAAUUAAUAGUCAAAAAAGAAAUAAAAAUAGAACUAGUAAAAAUUAAGGCUCACACAGGAAUAAAAUUAAACGAAAAAGCAGACCAAAUCACAGACAGCGAAACAUCACAAGAGGAUCAAAAAUAUAGAACAUUUAAACUAAAACUCUUAAUAGAAGGACUACCUACAAAAAAAUUAAUGCAUGAAAGAUACCCCCAAAUGUAUCAAAAUUCAAAAUACAUUAAAUGUAACAACCACGAAGAAACAUCAAUACACGCUCUAACAUGCUCAAACAGAAUCAAAGAACUUCAAGGAGAAUUCUUUACCAUAGUUAGAAAAGAAAUACAGAAAGUACACAACCGCUCAAAAUCACACGAGUUAAUUGAAAAAGAAUUUAAAAAUCACAAUAUAAUAAGAAAUUUAAUACCAAAAUCCCUUAAAAAUAAAGAAGAUAAAAUGUAUGAAAAAGAAGUGUUUGUUAUAUUUAAUAAGUUGUCUAAUGCUGCUUCUAUUACUUUAG